AUGGGUGAAAGUAAUCGUGUUCGCAAUACCUUUGAGGUGCCCUUUGCACAAAGAACCGUCGUGAUCCUCGGGGCAGGGAUCAUCGGGUGCGCGACGGCCCGUCAACUACUACAGCAUGGCUUCUCGGUUGUACUCGUAGCCGAGUUCCUUCCUGGAGAUCAGGACAUCUACUACGCAUCGGCCUGGGCGGGUGCUGCGUGGCAUGCCGCAGGCGGCAUCACGGCCGACCAGCGCUAUUACCAGGCGGUGACACACCGCGUGCUACUCAAGAUGGCCCAGGACCCGGAAUCGGGCGUCAGCGUUGUCGAUGCCCGUGAGUAUCUGGAGCAAGAACCGGCCCCGGACUCGGCCGUCUGGGGCAAGACGGUGGUAUCCAAGUUCCGUGAAUUGGACCCGACGGAGUAUCCCUCGAAUUUUAACUGUGGCUGGGCCUACCGGACUCUCGUCACGGACCCUACCCGACACAUGCCGUAUCUGGGAAAACGGAUCACGGCCCUUGGAGGCAAGUUCAUCCGCCGGCGGGUCGAGUCUCUACAUGAGUUGUACGAGAUGUUCCCCGAUUCUCGCGUAUUCAUCAACGCCAGCGGCCUAGGCAGCAAGACAUUGGCGGACGUCCAAGACGACCGCUGUUUCCCUGAACGGGGACAGAAUGUGUUUCUUCGGACGCACCGGUGCAACACACUCUACUUCCGGAAUGGCAAGGAGUACACCUACGUGAUCCCUCGUCCCCUUUCCCAAGGCGUCGUGCUCGGAGGCGUCAAGGAACGGGAUAACCUUUCCCCGGAAGUCGAUCUGGACAUCGCCCGUGACGAGAUUGCACGAGCCCAUCGACUCGCCCCCGACAUCGUUCCUGAACACCCCGCAGACGACGUCGGCUGCCGCACCCUCCUGUCGGCCUAUGGGUUUGGCGGAGGUGGAUAUGCAUUUUCGUACGGGGUUGCGGACGCAUUGUUGAAGAUGGUGGAGCAGGCGGAGCGCAGGAAUGUGAUUGUUUAG